GGGUUUGAGACCCACAACGCUCAUCAUCUUCUUGCUCUCGCCUCUUUCUCCCUACCCCUCUCUCUCUCUCUCUCUGCAACAGGCGCCAUAGAAGACUACACUCCGAGGUCGCAGCGCAAGGGUUCUCUGCUCCGCGCGGUCCUUUUCUCGUUUCGUGCGGGGUCGGUUCUGGCGUUCCGUACCGCCGACGAUCCGCGACUCCGGGGCACCGGCGUUCCAUUUCGCGGUUCGCCGGCGCGGCGACGAUCGUCUUGGGGGGGAGGGGGCAGGGCGGCGGCGGCUAGCGAGCGCGCUGCGGCGAUGGAUGCUUUGAGGAGCUACGGAGCUUGCUGGAGGGAACCCGCUCUCCAGCCGCCGCGUCUUCGAAGGAGCGAUGCUUACAAGAGCAGGAGGAAUGUGCAAUGGAGGUUUCCACGAGCAGCUGUCAUACCUAAUUUUCAUCUCCCUAUGCGUAGUUAUGAAGUUAAAAACAGGACAUCAACAGAGGAUAUAAAGGCUCUUCGAUUGAUAACGGCCAUCAAGACGCCAUACCUACCUGAUGGCAGAUUUGAUCUUGAAGCGUAUGACGACUUGAUUAACAUGCAGAUAGUACAAGGUGUAGAAGGUGUAAUUGUAGGUGGCACAACUGGUGAGGGUCAACUGAUGAGUUGGGAUGAGCACAUCAUGCUAAUUGGUCACACAGUUAAUUGUUUCGGUGGAUCGAUUAAAGUGAUUGGAAACACUGGAAGCAACUCAACCCGUGAAGCAAUUCAUGCAUCUGAGCAAGGGUUUGCUGUUGGAAUGCAUGCUGCUCUCCACAUUAAUCCGUACUAUGGAAAAACCUCCUUGGAGGGCUUGAUCUCUCACUUUGAUUGUGUGCUGUCUAUGGGCCCUUCCAUCAUAUAUAACGUGCCUACAAGAACUGGCCAAGACAUUCCGCCCCGUGUCAUUCACGCCUUGGCUAAGAGUCCCAAUUUGGCGGGUGUUAAGGAAUGCGUUGGGAAUGACCGGGUUAAGCAAUAUACAGAUAAUGGCAUUGCUGUCUGGAGUGGAAAUGAUGACCAGUGCCACGAUGCCAGGUGGAACUAUGGGGCUAUGGGAGUUAUAUCCGUCACUAGUAACUUGGUUCCAGGAUUAAUGCGGGAACUCAUGUUCGGAGGGAAGUAUCCGUCUCUUAACUUGAAGCUCAUGCCUUUGAUAGAAUGGCUGUUUCACGAGCCAAACCCAAUUGGCUUAAAUACUGCCCUUGCCCAGCUUGGAGUUGCGAGACCGGUUUUCCGUCUACCUUAUGUACCACUUCCUCGGGCUAAGAGGGUGGAAUUUGUGAACCUGGUUAUGGAGAUUGGGCGGGAGUAUUUUGUGGGAGAUAAAGAAGUUGAGGUCCUCGAGGAUGAUGACUUCAUCUUGAUUGGCCGGUACUAGUGUCUGGUGUAAUCUGCAUCCUGGAGACUGGUUUUUUAGCUGGGAAAAUGAUGUCAAAGAAAACCAAAUAGAGAACAAUAAAUCAAGUCGGAGCUUCGGCUUAUGAUGUUUGUGAGUUAAAUAUGGAUCUGUUGCUGUGACUACUUGAGUUAAUGAAAUAUGUUUUGUACCGAUA